UUCCAGGGUAUGCGCACGGUCUCCGAGCACCGGUUUGAUGGCGAGGGCGGCGAUUCUCUGGCGGUGUCGAUUAGCGAAGUGAUGAAAGAAGAUUAUGGGCUUUAUGUUUGGCCGUGUGGGAUUUGCUUGGGAGAGUAUGUUUGGCAGCAAAGGCAUCGCUUUGCUGGGUCUACGGUGAUCGAGCUUGGAGCAGGCACUGGAUUGCCAGGAAUUGUUGCAGCAAAGGUCGGUGCCAGAGUGAUCUUGACAGAUUACAAGCUCUAUCCAGAGGUCUUUGAAAACAUGCGUAAGACUUGUGAUCUAAACAAUGUGGAGUGCGAGAUUCAGGGGCUUACUUGGGGAGAAUGGGACGAGAAUUUACUCGCCAUGAAACAUCCUCGUUUUGUUCUUGGAGCUGAUGUUCUAUACGAUUCCAAAGAUUUCGACGAUUUGUUCGCAACCGUGAGUUAUUUCCUAGCUAAUAAUCCCGACGCAACAUUCAUAACAAGCUACGAGUGUAGAAGUGGCCACAGAUCGAUCGAGUUUUUUAUGGGAAAAUGGAAGCUUUGCUGCACAAAGCUUGUGGACGUGUGUGAUAUUUUACCUCCCUUGAAACAAUGUGCAAUAUCAUCGUCGAUAUUGAUAGCUGAAAUCAAGAGUUUAGUAUAAGGCCAGGUUUAUAAGCAAAUCCAGCUUCAAACAUAACUUCAAACGCUCACACAAAUGGUACUCCGAACAGACUUUCUGAUGCACAUCCUCCAGGAGGGUGGAAUCAAUACACCAAGGCUGCAGAUAUGUUUUUUCGAAAAGUCAUGAGGACGAGAUAGCCCUACUUCCGCAAACAGAUGGAUUGUAGAGGACGUCCGCCAACUCUACAAGUGCAAUGGAUCCAAGAUCAUGCCCGCGAAAGAGAGAUAUCGAUGCUGAACUCCUAUAAAUGCAAAUUAAACGUCUCAUUAA